AUGCUUCAAUCACACAUUGGAUUUAACCCUUGAAGAUUCGAAAAGACAAGUAGUCUCCAUUAAACAGCUUUUGCGAAAGGUAAGUAUUUUAAAAAAUGUCAUUAAACUAUGCAUCCUUUUCCUUUCUACUGCAAUAAUCAAACCAUUCUUUCCAGUGUUAAAAAAUUGUAGGGCAUAUUAACAAAUCGGAUCCGGCUAAAAAAGCGUUAGAUAAUGCUCAAAAAGACGAAGGACGUACACAAAUUUUAAAUCUUCUUCAACUUGUGGAAACGAGAUGGAAUUCGGAAUUUAAAAUGAUAGAAAGAUUGGUUCUUUUAAAAAGUCCAUUGUCUACGGUUUUAAAAUUGAAUAAUUUCAAAUUUAAACAUUGUUUAAAUGAGGCAGAAUGGAAUGUCCUAGAAAUUUUAGUCCAAAUUCUAGGACCAUUUAAUGCAGCUAGCGACUGCAUGAGUGGAUCUUCGUAUCCGACUUUGUCUAUGAGCAUACCUAUUGUAUAUGAAUUAAAUCACUCUCUUAUAACAGUAGAAGCUACAAUAGGAGACGAUUUGCCACUCAAUCUUCGUUUAUACGUGCAAAAAAUAAAACAAUCGUUAGAAAAGCGAUUUGGCAUUUUAAUGAAAGAUAAUGUGUACCAAACAGCCAUGGUACUUGAUCCACGAUUCAAAUGUUUACUACUCAAUCCGACGGAAGCCGAGAAAAUAAUUAAUAUAAUUUCUGAUGAAAUUUUAACUCUCCGUCAAAAUCAACCAGAAGAUUUACAAGAUGCUGAUGCUCCGACUCUUUUGACAAAAAGAUGGAAAUUUUUAAAGGCAAAAAGAGCAAAUCAAGAGGCUGAGAAACAUUUAUAUUUUCCACAUCUAGUUAGACAACAAGUUGAAAUGUACGUGAAUGAAAAGACCCUUCCUGUUAAUAAUUGCCCAUAUGAGUGGUAGAGACAAAAUUCCCAAAAUUAUCCGUUGGUUUCAAAAAUAGCGGCAAAAUAUUUAUCGAUUCAAGCUUCUUCGGUAGAAAGUGAAAGACUUUUUUCCACAGCUGGAAACAUUGUUUCUAAUAAAAGAACAAAAUUAAAGCCAGAGCACGUUACGCAGUUAUCUCUUAUAGCCGCUAAUAUGCGUAAAGCAAAAUGAAACUGUGAUUUCGGUAUUGCUCGGUCGACGGGAAUUUCUCAAAAUGAAUUUUUGAAUUUCUUAAAACAAAGUACUUCCCUCAAUAAAAACUUACAAAUAGGCAGAGUAUUUUCUUC